AUGUCUACAACUCAGCUACAAAUAGUUGACGGUAUAGCAUUAACCCAAAUUUUCAAUGGUUUAAAAUCAAAUAAGGAAGAAGAGAGAAAUAGAUAUGCCUUAGAAUUACGAAAUUAUCUAGCGUCUAUAGCUAGAGAUCUAUCUCCGGAGCAGUUCAAUCGGUAUAAUAAUGAUAUCAACAAAACUAUUUUUGAAUUUUUGCAUAGUAAUGAAACCUCGGAGAAGUUGGGGGGUAUAGCAGCGUUGAAUUCAUUGAUUGAUUUUGAUUCGGGUGUAGGAGAAGAAAAUGCUACAAAGACGGCUAGAUUUUCAAACUACUUGGGUUCAUUAAUCUUGUCAAACGAUUUAACAAUCAUGAAGCAAGCAACCAUGACUUUAGGUAAGUUGGCGACACCCGGUGGUACUCUUACAGGUGACUUCGUUGAUUUUGAAGCAAAAAGGGCCAUAGAAUGGUUACAGAGUGACAAUAAACAACACGAGAACAGAAGGCACGCAGCAAUAUUGAUUAUCACUGCAUUGGUGGAUAAUGCUCCUACGUUAUUGUAUAAUUUUAUAAACCAGAUUUUGGAGCAUUUAUGGAUUCCAUUGAGAGAUAGCAAAUUGGUGAUAAGAACUGAUGCAGCUAUUGCUUUACAGAAAUGUAUGCGAAUAAUUUAUGAUAGAGAUAUUAACUCUCGUCGAUUUUGGAUCAAACAUUUCAUAGAUAUGGCUUCAAAGAUAUUAAACGAAAAUGUUGCUAGAAACCCCACAUCUGAAUCCAACGACUCAAGCAAUAAUGGAAGCGGCAAUAAUAGUGUGAACUCUGUUAACGCAGCGGCAAGUACGGCCUAUAAUUUAAUUUAUUCCACAGCUACGGGAUCACAAACUAACGAGUCAAUCCACGGUUCUCUUCUUGUGUACAGGGAACUAAUUACAUUUCAUAGUGAUCCAUACAUUCAUUCCAAGUUUGAAUUGAUUUACGAAAAUACAGUAUUGUAUAGGAAUCACAAGCAAGCUAUAAUUAGGCAAGAAUUAACUAAGAUCAUUCCACUACUAUGCAAAGUAAAUACAGAAUUAUUUGUUGAAAAAUAUUUGCACAGAACAUUGUUGCAUUAUUUGUCACAGUUAAAACAAUUAAAAAGUCAACACAGUGAGACUGCCAAUAAUGAUAAAAGUGCCAUUUUUAGAAGUAUAGGGUUAAUUUCGUUGGAAGUAGGGAACCAAAUGGCUACUUAUUUGGAUGCUAUAUUAGAUAAUAUUCGAGAUGGGUUAUCUUAUCCUUCUAAUCCAAGCGUGCAACUGAUUUUAGUAAAUGCAGUAUCUAAUAAUGGAGAUAAUCCACUAUCUGGUGCAGUGACGUCGAGUAAUGGAUCCUCGCAAUCGACAAUCAAUGGUUUGAAUAGCAUUUCUACUUCAGGUUCCGGGCCCACAAAGUAUAGAUUGAGUCGAAAGAAUACUGAACCUGCCAUUUUUGAUUGCAUCAGUAAAUUGUCGAUUGCCGUAGGUCCAGCUUUGACAAAGCAUUUACAACGUGAUAUAUUAGAUAUGAUGUUUAGUAAUUGUUCCUUAUCGGUCUACAUGCAGAAUGUUUUACAAACUUUGAUCGUUAAUAUUCCGAUGUUAACUAAUCUUAUAAGCAUGAAGUUAUUAAACUUAUUAAGUUUGGUUUUAUCAGGUAAGAUUUUCCAACCUCCUGGUUCGCCUUACGGAUCCAUCAAAAUGAACGAAUCAUUAGCAAGAGACUAUAGAUUAAUAAUGAUAUCAAGAGACACAGGAUUGAGUAUCAACAGUAUACUUAAUGACGCGGAUGACUAUGAAAAUUAUGAUAGUGCAAUCUUGGUCCAAGCAUUAAAUAUGCUAGCAUUUUUUGAGUUCGAAAACUACCAGCUAAACGAGUUUGUUAGAUACUGCACAAUUACGUAUCUUGAACACAACGUUCCUAAAGUUCGUCAAACAGCCACGAUAACAUCCUGUGAAAUAUUUAUCAAGGAUCCAAUUUGUCAACAAACCAGCGUGAAUGCAUUAAACGCUGUUAAUGAGGUUUUAGACAAGCUUCUAUCAAUAGCCAUCACCGAUCCUAUACCAGAAAUACGGUUAGAAGGUUUAAAUUGUUUGGCAAAUGCUGGAAAUUUUGAUCCUCAACUUUCCCAAGCUAAUAAUGUUAGACUUCUAUUUAUUGCAUUAAACGAUGAAGUAUUCAGUAUUAGGAAGAUAGCGAUAAAAAUAUUGGGUAGAUUAUCAUCGAUAAAUCCUGCCUAUAUUGUUCCUUCUUUAAGGAAAACUUUAAUACAAUUGUUAUCGCGUUUGGAAUACUCACCAACAAGCCGUAAAAAGGAAGAAAGUGCUACAUUGAUAUCGCUUCUCAUAAGCAAUUCAAAAGAAUUAACCAGACCUUACGUGAAGCCAAUAGUUGAAGCAUUAUUGCCUAAGGCUAAAGAUCCCAGUUCAUCAGUGGCAGCAAGUGCAAUCAAUUGUCUUGGUGAGCUAGCAGUUGUAGGUGGGGAAGAUUUGCAACCUUUUAUUCCUGAUUUGAUGCCACUAAUUUUGGAAACGUUUCAAGAUCAGAGUUCUUCUUAUAAGAGAGAUGCUGCUUUGAAGACGUUGGGCCAAUUGGCAAGUUCGUCUGGCUACGUUAUUAAGCCUUUACUUGACUAUCCGCAGUUAUUGGGGAUGUUAGUAGGAAUAUUGAAACUGGAGAGUUCGCCUCACAUAAGAAGGGAAACAGUAAGGCUAUUGGGUAUAUUAGGUGCUUUGGACCCUUAUAAGCAUCGUGAAGUUGAACAAAAUUCUAAGAAUAUACCUUCAGAACAAAAUGCACCACCAGUGGAUGUUGCAUUGUUAAUGCAAGGUAUGUCACCUUCUAAUGAUGAAUACUAUCCGACAGUUGCCAUAAAUAACCUAAUGAAAAUUUUAAAAGACCCAUCAUUGACAGCUCAUCAUAAUAAAGUAAUUCAAGCCAUUAUGUACAUUUUCCAAACAUUGGGAUUAAGAUGUGUUUCAUUUUUACCACAGAUCAUUCCUGGAAUUAUUAAUGUCAUGAAUACAUGUCAGCCUUCGAUGUUGAAAUUUUACUUCCAGCAACUAGGUGCAUUAAUAUUGAUAGUUAAACAACACAUAAGACCAUUCCUUCCUGAAAUAUUUGAAGUCAUCAAAGAGUCGUUUAACAUAAACAUCCAAUUAAAUGUUCAGGUGAUCAUUAUAAAUUUGAUAGAAUCCAUUUCAAGGGCUUUAGAAGGGGAAUUUAAAAUGCAUCUUCCAGAUGUUUUGAAUUUGAUGUUAAAUGUUUUUGAAGAUGAUAAAUCAGUUAAAAGAGAACCAUCGUUACAUGUUUUGAAAGCAUUUGUUGUUUUUGGAAGUAGCAUUGAAGAAUAUGUCCAUAUAAUUGUCCCAAACAUCGUGAAAAUGUUUGAAAUGGGGCCGAUUGUAUUACGUAGGGCUGCAAUUGAGACAAUUGGAAGAUUAUCGAAGCAAGUUCUAUUAAAUGAUAUGGCAUCUAGAAUCAUACAUCCCAUUUUACGUGUAUUGCGCCAAGGCAAUGAUGAAUUGAAAACUACGGCGAUGAAUACUUUAAGUUACUUACUAUUGCAGUUGGGUAAUGAGUUCAGUGUGUUCAUUCCUGUAAUCAAAUCAUUGUUGAUACAGCAGAAAAUUCAUUCAGCAAUUUUCGAGCAACUUGUUAAUAAGUUAUUAAGUGGAGAUCCAUUACCAGCUUAUCUUAACAUUUAUAAGGAUUAUGAUAUCCAUGUUAACCAUUUUGAUGUUCCUGACGUUGAUAUGCCAUCGAAAAAGUUACCGGUAAACCAAGGUGCAUUAAAGGCAGCUUGGGAUUCAAGUCUGCGUCAAACCAAAGAAGACUGGCAAGAAUGGAUUGGGAGGUUAAGUAAAGAAUUAUUGAAGCAAAGUCCAUCGCAUGCAAUAAGAGCAUGCGCUGGGUUAGCAACUGAUUAUCAUCCUUUGGCAAAGGACUUGUUUAACGCAAGUUUUGCAAGUUGCUGGAGUGAAUUAUAUUCCCAGCACCAAGAAGAGUUAGUAGAAUCAUUUUGUAUUGCAUUAUCAUCAGCAAACAAUCCCCCAGAAAUACAUCAGAUUUUAUUAAAUUUAGCUGAAUUUAUGGAACAUGACGAUAAAUCUUUACCAAUAGCAAUAACAACUUUAGGUCAGUAUGCGCAACGGUGCCAUGCAUAUGCUAAAGCAUUGCAUUAUCAAGAAUUAGAAUUUUAUGUGGAACCUACGACACCAACCAUUGAAUCUUUAAUUAGUAUCAACAUUCAGCUUCAACAAUCUGAUGCGGCUGUUGGAAUUUUGAAACAUGCACAGUUACAUCAUGAUCUCCAAUUAAAAGAGACAUGGUAUGAGAAGUUACAAAGAUGGGAUGAUGCCUUGCGAGCUUAUAGUUUAAGAGAGAAACAGGAACCGGACAAUAUGGAGAUUACCAUGGGUAAAAUGAGAUGUUACCAUGCUUUAGGAGAAUGGGAGCAGUUAUCAGAAUUAGCCCAAAGUAAAUGGAAUAACUCUUCAAGUGACAUAAAGAGAGGAGUGGCUCCUUUAGCAGCAGCAGCAGCUUGGGGGUUAGGCCAAUGGGAUAGAAUGGAUGCAUGUAUUAAGGUUAUGAAAACUGAAUCCCCAGAUAAAGCUUUCUUUAAUGCAAUUUUAAGUUUACAUCGUAAUAGUUUUGAGGAUGCAUCUAAUCACAUAUUGAAAGCAAGAGACCUAUUAGUAACUGAAAUCACAGCAUUGGUGAGUGAAAGUUAUAAUAGAGCUUAUGGUGUCGUAGUAAGGGUACAAAUGCUUGCGGAAUUAGAGGAAAUUAUUAAGUAUAAAUGCUUACCACAAGGGUCAGAGAAACGUGUUAUAAUGAGAAAAACCUGGAAUACCAGAUUACUUGGAUGUCAGAGGAAUGUUGACAUUUGGCAAAGAAUGUUGAAAGUUAGAGCUCUUGUUAUUAAACCUAAACAAGAUAUGGAUAUGUGGAUUAAAUUUGCAAAUUUAUGUCGUAAAUCAGGAAGAUUGAAUUUGGCUGAAAAGUCCUUAAACUAUUUGUUGGAAGAAGGUUCACCAGAAAAUCCAUCUAGAGCUCCACCACAAGUUGUGUAUGCACAAUUGAAAUAUAUGUGGGCUAAGGGCCAACAAAGAGAAGCAUUACGCCAUUUAGUUGAUUUUACAACUCGAAUGUCUCAAGAUUUGGGUUUAAACCCAAAUGACUUAAUUACUCAACCAUUACCGUCUGAAGGUCCAGGUAUUCCAAAGCAUGUGGAAGAGUAUACCAAAUUAUUGGCUAGAUGUUUUUUGAAGCAAGGUGAAUGGCAAAUAUUAUUGAACAAUAAUUGGAGGACUGAAACAUCAGAAAUUAUUUUGGGGGCAUAUCUUUUGGCUACACAUUUUGAUGACAAAUGGUAUAAAGCAUGGCAUAAUUGGGCUCUUGCUAAUUUUGAAGUUAUUUCACUUUUUACUUCGCAGAAUAACAACGGCAACAAUGGUACAAUCAAUGUUAGUCAAGGUGAAAUAAUGGAUCAAAAUGAUCAAGUUGUUACAUCAUCUGAUGAACAAUCUCAACAGCCACAGAGACAGAUACAACCUGCAAAUAUUAUACCGAUGGAUGUUGUUCAGCGACAUGUUGUUCCAUCAAUAAAAGGAUUCUUUCACGCUAUCGCAUUGUCAAAUACAAAUUCUUUGCAGAAUACGUUGAGAUUACUUACAUUGUGGUUUAAGUUUGGGGGAAUACCAGAGGCAGCUCAAGCUAUGAAUGAGGGAUUUAAUAUGGUUAAGAUUGAUAACUGGUUGGAAGUUGUACCUCAAUUAAUCUCACGUAUUCAUCAACCAAAUCAAACAGUCAGUAGAUCUUUAAUUGGAUUAUUGAGUGAUUUGGGUAAAGCGCAUCCUCAGGCACUCGUGUAUCCGUUAGCUGUCGCAGUUACGUCUGAAUCGGUUAGCCGUAAAAGGGCGGCAUUGUCAAUUAUUGAUAAAAUGCGUUUGCAUUGGGCUACGUUGGUAGAUCAAUCUGAUUUAGUUAGUCAUGAAUUGAUCAGAGUUGCAGUCCUCUGGCACGAGCAGUGGUACGAAGGUCUAGAGGAUGCAUCAAGACUUUUCUUUGGUGAAAAGAACACUGAAAAGAUGUUUGAGGUGUUAGAACCUUUGCAUCAAAUGCUACAAAAAGGCCCCGAGACUAUGAGAGAAGCAUCAUUUAAUAAUGCAUUUGGUAGAGAACUUGCUGAUGCCUAUGAAUGGGUUUUGAACUUCCGUCGUACAAAAGACAUUACUAAUCUAAAUCAAGCGUGGGACAUUUAUUAUAAUGUUUUCCGCAGAAUUAGUAGACAAUUGCCUCAAUUGCUGAGUUUGGAAUUACAGUAUGUAUCGCCAAAGCUAGAGGAAGCAAAUAAUCUUGAAUUGGCUGCUCCAGGUACAUACCAUGCUGGAAAGCCAACAAUCAAGAUUGUUAAGUUUGAUCCAACGUUCUCAGUUAUCUCAUCGAAACAGAGACCAAGAAAAUUAUCUUGUAAAGGUAGUGAUGGUAAAGAAUACCAGUACGUUUUGAAAGGACACGAAGACAUUAGACAAGAUAAUUUGGUUAUGCAAUUAUUUGGUUUAGUUAACACAUUAUUGGUAAAUGAUCCAGAAUGUUUCAAAAGACAUUUAGACAUUCAACAAUAUCCAGCAAUUCCGUUAUCACCUAAAGUUGGUUUAUUAGGUUGGGUACCAAACAGUGAUACUUUCCAUGUCUUGAUUAGGGAAUACCGUGAGUCGCGUAAGAUUUUAUUAAAUAUUGAACAUCGUAUUAUGUUGCAGAUGGCUCCUGAUUAUGACAGUCUUACAUUACUACAAAAAGUGGAAGUAUUCACAGGGGCUUUAGACAACACCAGAGGCCAGGAUUUGUAUAAGGUAUUAUGGCUCAAAUCAAAGUCUUCGGAAGCGUGGUUAGAUCGUCGUACAACGUAUACUCGUUCAUUGGCAGUAAUGUCUAUGGUAGGCUACAUUUUAGGUUUAGGUGACCGUCAUCCUUCUAAUUUGAUGCUUAAUAGGAUUACAGGUAAGGUUAUUCAUAUUGAUUUUGGUGAUUGUUUUGAGGCUGCUAUUUUACGUGAAAAGUAUCCCGAAAAGGUUCCAUUUAGAUUAACAAGAAUGCUUAAUUAUGCUAUGGAAGUUAGUGGUAUUGAAGGUUCAUUCCGCAUAACAUGUGAACAUGUUAUGAGAGUCUUAAGGGACAAUAAGGAGUCAUUAAUGGCAAUUUUGGAAGCAUUCGCAUAUGAUCCAUUGAUUAAUUGGGGAUUUGACUUCCCGACAAAAGCAGUGGCGGAAGCUACUGGGAUUAAUGUACCGCAAGUUAAUAUAGCAGAAUUAUUGAGAAGAGAACAAAUAGAUGAACAAGAAGCAGCUAGAUUAACGAGACAAAACGAAAUCGAGAUUAGAAACGCGAGAGCUGCAUUGGUGUUGAAGAGAAUUACUGAUAAGUUAACUGGUAAUGAUAUUAAAAGAUUGAAUGAUUUAGAUGUACCAACUCAAGUGGAUAAAUUAAUUCAGCAAGCUACAAGUGUAGAGAGUUUAUGUCAGCAUUAUAUUGGGUGGUGUUCAUUUUGGUAG